AUGUUGACAUAUUCGUUGAUAAAAAAUGCUUUAAUUGAAAUUUCUGAAGUAUGUCAAGCAUUAUGGGAAGAAAAUAAAGAUCUUCAAGGGCGAUUUGUAAAUGAUCUCACAGAACUUCAACAAAUACAUAGCACUAUUAAUCAACUCGAAAUCGGUCAUAAGACUGAAAUUCUCGCAAAAGCGCGUUUAUCGAUAUCAAAUAUGCAACGAAAAGCAAGUCGUUUAUAUGAAACUUUAGUGGUACGAAGAUGCUGCUUAAUACAAAAAUUGAAUGAUGGAGUUCACAAUAUUGCUUUAUUUCAAAAUCAAUUAAUUACGGAUCGUUUAUAUACGUGGAAGAAUCGACAAAAAUUAGCACAAGUGGGAUUUCCUUUCGAAGAACAAAAUCAAUUACUCGACGAAAUCCAAAGCGAGUUCGAAUUGUUAGCUGAACAAAUAUGGCAUUUACGAACAAUCGCAUCCUGGCUGCUUGAUUUAUUGAAGCGAGGCCCUCAACUAAAUGAUACCGUACAAUCAAAUAUUGCCGAUCUUAAUACAAUUUCGGAUAGUUUAACAAAGCUUCUCUGUAUGCUUAUAUCACAAAGUUUUGUCGUUACUAUACAACCAGAUUCGGUACUGAAAACUCAACACAAGUUUUUGACUGAAGUUCAACUCUUAAUUGGGGAUAAGCUAGGCAUUAAGCAGCAUCUUGUCAAUACCAACGUAACAAUUAUGAUAAUAACAGAAGAGGAUGCUCAUAUGCUAAGUACUGCACAAACUUCGCAAAAGGAUAUUAAACCUGUUGGUUCGAUCAGUAAUGAUUUUGAGAAAUUAACGAGCGAUGAGAAUGGUCAUAUGUCAGCGAGUUUUGUCAAUUCAAAGUUAAUUCGCAUAGCUCAUCGAAAACCUCCAUCGAAGGGCAACGACAGUAAAGCGUCUUUGGCCGUACAAACAGCUACCGAUCAAAAAUAUGCUCUUCUAUUUCGUAUAAGUUCCUUUCAACUUGGUAAUUUGGGCAAAUUUGAACUAUGGACGCUGUCGUUACCAAUAAUGGUUACAGUUCAUGGAAGUCAAGAUUGUGAUGCGAAAGGAUCCAUCUUAUGGCAAAGAGCUUUUGCUAAUGUGAAUCGAACAAUGGCAAAUACUGAAGUCACAACUGUGUGUUGGCCUCAACUCGCCAACCUACUUAAACAUAAAUUCCUGUAUUUCACCGGAGCUCGUCGACCAAUAAGUGAUAGCGAUCUUUCUUAUAUGGCUGAGAAACUUGGAAUUUCAUCCAACGAUGAUCGCAGGCCUAUAACUUUCCAUCAAUUCACAAGACAACAUCUAAAAGAUGAUGUUAGUUUCUCAUUUUGGGAAUGGUUUUUUGCGAUUAUGCAACUUAUAAAACACAAACUACUAAAAUUUUGGGAUGAAGGAUGGCUGAUAGGCUUUAUAAGUAAGCAUAAUGCUGCUAAUCAAAUGGUUAAUGCUAAUCAUUCCACAUUCCUUCUACGGUUCAGCGACACUCAAACUGGUGCGAUAAGUAUCAGUUUUGUUUGUGAGGAAGGCAAUGAAAAAAUUCCUUUUCACCUAUCACCCUUCUCAAUAAAGGAUCUCGAACAGUUUUCUCUUGCACAACGUAUCGCUUCAUGUCCUCAACUUAAAGAAAUCAAAUAUUUAUAUCCAAAUAUUGAUAAAGAUGAGAUGUUACGCUUCUUCGACUUGGAAGAACGUCAACGAUCUAUCUCUCCAACAGGCUACAUUCAAUCCGAAAUUGUUAUGGUAGCAAAAACAGAAAGGAACGAUGAAUUCAUCUCAACAUUCGCUCAAGAUACUGAUAAUAAUGUCGAAACAUUGCUCGGUUCAGACUUUCAUGUACAUUUGUCUAAAGAACCAUUACAACCUGUUGAUUUAUCUUUCAUUGAUGUCAAUUUCAGUUUGGCAAACUGUGAAAUGACUGAAUAA